AUGACCAACACUAUUACCAAUCCUGUUAAUUUCAUCGCAACCGAUAUUAUGCUUAAUAUGGUGAAAAAAAGAUCGUUUUCUAUUCUCACUAGAAUGCUAUCUAAGAAUGAGGAUAAUGCUAGAAAUCUUACUGUUGGUAUAAAUACCAAACAAAAAAUAGAUAACUCUUCACUACAAUCUACCAUUAAAUAUAUUACCAAUAAUAAAAGCCCAACUUCACUACUGCUACGGGAUGUCGCAAGAGGCACUGCCGGUACUACCACAAAUAUUAGUUCUGCCAACAGCUAUAUCGAGAAUCGUGAUACCAUGAAAUCGCCACAACAUGUUGAUAGGUUAGUUUCUGUGUUAAAUGCUGCAUUACCGAACGUAAAUAAAUUAAAGGCGACCAAAUAUGACAGACAUUACAAUAUGUUAAUUAAUCAAUUGAAAAAAAUAGUAGAUGAGUCUAUAAACACUAAUGCUAAUAACAACACUACCAUCCUUAACGGUACUACAGAACACUUGUCACCAUCUAUGAAGAGUGUAUUAUUGAAUAAAGAUAGUACCAGUGAGGAGUUAUACACCCAUUUUGUGUCUUAUUGCUUAUUAAAUAGAGAGGAAAACAUGAGUCUGCUUACCAUUAGAAAAUUUUUGUCGCACGCCAAUUUUUCUAAAUUUAAUCAAUGUUUAAGUGAAUUAGAUAUGUUGUUUAGUAUUUCUGGUACCAAUCCUGCCUUCCGACCCAUUAAAGUAGAAACCAAAUUGUAUUUGAGUUACAAAUUGAGCAAAAGUAAAAAUUCCGGUACUACCGCCGUUUGUCCGUUGUUUGAUGCAUCUUUAUUUGAACAUUACAAUCAACUAAGCAAAUUCAGUAAAAAUCUACUGUGGAUUUUGUGUUAUAAACAGGAGGGUUUGGACAUUUUAAUCAACAAUUAUUUAGUAACAAGAUUGAAAACCAUUAGUUUAAACAAUGAUGGCAUUGUCAACAAUAAGGCACAGAUUGAAUUAUUGGUUGGUAUUUUCCAAAUAUUUCCUACAAAGUCAAGCAUAAUAUAUAAUAAAAUCAUGGGAAAUACAUAUUUGCAAAAUAUAUAUCAAAAUGAAUUAAAUGAUCAGCAAAUCAUGUUUAUAAAUAUUCUAAAUGCGCUAAAUAAGAGUGGUAGUUCAAAUAUUAUGGUUAAACAAUCAAACCUAUGGAAAAUUGUUAAAUUGAGCUAUAAGCAUAAAUUAGCAUCGCUUUAUGAACCCUCUUAUGUGGUCAGGUAUAAAUUUUUAAGCAGUUUAGAAAAGUUACUAUCAGAUAUGGAUAUCAACAAUAAUAAUGAAAACGAUACCAAAGUUUUAAGAGAGAUCUUAGAUUCCAUUCGUGCAAAAGAAAAAGAUGUAAAAUCCCAAAUGGUUUUAAAUUUUAUAUAA